ACCCAUGUAAACAAGUGACGUCAAACCACGCUAACACCCCACAGAGAAGAAAUAUCUUGUGCUAGACGUUUAGGUCAGCACAUCUCGAGUACCAAAUAUUUUUGUAUGCGCUCUUUUCUCCUUUUACAGCAACUUUUCUCCUCUGAAUGUCAAUGAAGUGUGCGCUAAAGUCGACCUGGUUUCAAGCCACGCUUAUGCAAAUUAGAUGACAUACUGGUGACGUUUUACGUAAUGAUCUGACGUCAUCACUUUGGGGACAUCAUGGCGUCGUAGGAACGUUUCCUGUUGGAGUUUUCAAGGAUUUCGUCUGAAUUUUAGUCCAAAUAACCCCCAGGAAGCCUUUGAGGAGCAUUUUAGCGGUUUACAACAACGUCAAGGUUUCGUAGAAGGAAGACAUGGGAGGUGGAGACUUGAACCUGAAGAAAAGCUGGCACCCCCAGACCUUACGAAACAUCGAACGAGUCUGGAAGGCCGAACAGAAACACGAGGAUGAACGCCGCAAGAUUGAGCAACUUCAGAAUGAGCUCAAGGAGGAAAAGGCGCGAGAGGACAUGCGAAUGUUCGCUGAGGAACAAGGGGCCGUCAGGAAAAAAGAUGACCGUUUGAACUGGAUGUACCAGGGCCAGCCUGAAGUGAACCGUGAUGACUACCUCCUGGGAAAGCCCAUCGACAAGGCCAUCCAGGAGGUCACCGCGGGGACAUCCGAGGACUCCGGUCUGGCCGACAAUGUUCCGGGCGCAACCUUCAGCCAGUCAAACGUCAACUCGGCUGUGGACAUGGCGGCGAAGAUUCGCGAGGACCCGCUCUUUGCUAUCAAGCAACGUGAACAACAAAGCAAGAAGGAACUCCUGAACAAUCCUGUCAAGAUGAAGCAGCUCCAGCAAAUGCUGAAGGUGACUUUGGACAAGAAGGAUAAGAAGAAGAAGAAGAAAGACAAGAAGAAGAAACACAAGAAGCACAAGAGGGCCAGCAGCAGUGACAGUGAGGAGGGGAGAGGUCUCAACGGACAUGCAGCCAGCAAAAGUCACAGGUCCAGGUCAAGGAGCAUGUCACCCCCAGUAAGGGUCAAGCACAGGUCAAAGGUUAGGAGGUCAAGAAGUCUUUCCCAGUCUCCACCAAGGUCAGGUAACAAACACAAGGCCAGUUUUCAGUCAAAUUCCUCAAAAGACAAAAGGAGAUCUCGGACUCCUUCUCCCUCAAGGUCGAGGGUGAGGAGAAGGUCAAGAACCCCAUCUCCAAGGUCAAAAGUUGGGAGUAGACACAGAAAAAACAGAAGCGGGUCUCCUGCAAGUAAAUCCAGACGGCACCAGUCAAGGUCACCAGUGAGGUCAAGGUCGCCUGUGAGAAGGAGGUCAAGGACACCUGUGAGGAGAAGGUCAAGGUCACCUGUGAGGAGAAAGUCAAGGUCACCCAUCAGGAGGAAGUCACCAUCACCAGUAAGAAGAUCUCCACGGAGAAAGCGGUCCCUGUCAAGAAGUGUGUCACCACCUAAGAGAAACGGACCCUCAUUUAGGAAGGGAGAAAAUACCAAGAGGAAGCUGGACCCAGAAGAACUGGAGCGUCGGCGUCGGGAAAUGAUGGAGGAUGCCAAGACACGUGACGACGAGCGCUGGCAGCGCGUUCAGAAGUACAAGGAGGAGGCAGCCAAGGAGAAGGAAGAGGACGAAAAAUUCCGGGGGAAGGAGAGAGCUUUCCAUGGUUUGCUGACACACACUGCAGCUACAGUAGAGGACAGAAUCAAGAGGAAGGUCAACUCACUACAGAGAACUGAAGCUGCUAAGGAAAAGUUCUUCCACCGAUGAGAAAUUACUGUUUUUACCUAUGUACAUUAUAAAACCCUGUGUAUAAGAGCAUGGCAAUUCAAGUUGCUCAUUUUUUGUUGUCUUAUUUUUAGCUACAUAUGUUUCAAUAAGCACAUUUGGAAUGGUGUACAUAUUCAUCUGUGUUAUUCUUCAUUCUGAAUGUUAUACCAUAUACCAAUAUAUCAUACUGUAAAACGAUUUGUAUACUAGUAGUAACAUGCUUCUACCGAAAACAUCUCUCACUAAACAGCUGCUCACUAUAGUUCAUGCUAAUACUGCAUAUUGUUUUUUAUCUACUGUAACAUACUAGUAUAUGUACAUGUGUACAUCAUGAUAUUUCUGGUUUACAAGUCGUAACGUGUUGUGCUAAUGCUUUCCUAGAUGAGGCCCAUGUUUUGUAAUCACGUGUACAUGUUUACACAAAAGAAUGGGAAUUGUGGUUGUACAGAAAGGGUAACUCUAUAUACUCAACAUUUGUAACUGUAAAAUAUACGCAACUGUAACAUCUUUAUUGAAUAUGAAUCAUAUUUUAGUAUGUUUAAUCUAUGUUUCAUUCUCUUAAGGCUUAAGCAUCUUGUAAAUAUUUCGGGCUAAUGUUUCUUUUGUCACACACCCAAUUUUCCAUGAUCAUGAUCUGACAUGUAUGAGCAACCUUUCCGCCUUUAUAUAUAGUACUGUAUGCAUGUGAGUAUGGUGACUCUGCCUUUUGUUGUUGUGUGUUUUUAUGCAGAUGUCCAGUGAUAAAUUGCUCUU